UAUUUACAAUUUUCAUUUUCUCUGUUACAUUUUCUCUCUCUAAAACCUUCUUCCUUUCUCAAUUAUGGAACUUCUUCUCGACCUCCUUCUCACGCUAUUCGUUGCCGUACUUCUUUCUUUCCUCAUCGCUAAACUCAUCUCAUUCGCUUCCGCCGGCGACGAUCAACAAUCAUCGGAGUCAGCAUCUGGAAACGAUCUCGACGGUACAGAGUUUCUCUCGCCGGAGUUGACGGUUGAGGAGGAGGAGGAGGAGUGUAGAUUUCGGUAUUCAGAGAGCCAAAACACUGAACGAAUGAUCUUGCAAGGAGUUCACGAACAGGUUCAUCACUUUGAUAUAAUAGAAUCUGUUAAUAAAUUAGAAUCGUCGAUUUCCAGUGACGAGCUUGUGCAGGAACAACUGCGUGAAUCUGCCGCGACUAACGUUGUUGUUGUCGGAUCGUUAGAGAAGUCCAAGUCCACUGAAAUAGUGUUCAUCAGUCGUGAGUUUCCCGUAGAAAUCGCUCAAGAGGUUGAAGUGAAGGGAGAGAAGAUAGAAUCUGAUGAAACUACAAAGGAAAACCUGAUUAGUAUGGUCUCCACACGGUUUGAUGAAUCCGGUGCUUUUGGAGAAGUUAAAGCAGUGAAUUCUUUGGCUGAAGAAGAUAAGAUCAUUGAGAAUGUUGACGUCAAUGAUCGGAUCGGCAACGAAGAAGAAGUUGAUGAAACUACAAAGGAAAACCUAAUUAGUAUGGUCUCCACACGGUUUGAUGAAUCCUGUGCUUUUGGAGAAGUUAAAGCAGUUAAUUCUUUGGCUGAAGAAGAUAAGAUCAUUGAGAAUGUUGACGUCAAUGAUCGGAUCGGCAACGAAGAAGAAGUUGAUGACACGCGUUAUGGAAGUGAACUGAAUCAAGGAGGAGAUGGAUGGAGUGAUGGCAAUGAAGAUGACUGGGAAGGAGUUGAGCAGAGUAAGCUGCAGAAAGUCUUUAACCAGGCUUCCAAAUUCGUCGCUGGUAUGAGUGAAGAUAUUUGGGGGAAUGAUCUUCAUAUGCAGCUUUAUGGUCUUCACAAGGUUGCUUUGGAAGGACCAUGUCAGGAGCCUCAACCUAUGGCUAUCAAACUUUCUGCCCGAUCCAAAUGGGUUGAAAGCUGCUAUAUGUGAGUGAUGGAGGCCAAAUGAUUCCAUUGUGCAAGGAAUUCAUGGCAGAGAUUGGGAAAUAUGAGUCCAGAUGUGGCUAUGGAGCAUUAUAUCAACCUACUUUCUGAUAAAUACCCUCAAUGGAUGGAAGAAAAUUCAUCUGGUGAUAUUAUCAAAAAAUCUCUGGAAGCUGGAGCUCCUGGUGA